AUGUGUCACCACAAUAGGUCACCAAAGCUUCGAGUUGUUAAGAAACGGGCCAUAGCUAUUUGGGUAUUUCUCGUCUCUAAUGGUGGUAUUUUCACGGUGAUACCAUUUAUCAUUCCUGGAAGACAUUUUACAGUCGAAGUCUACUUACUUUAUGGUCUAGAACCCAUGUUGGAAACACCCAAUUAUGAAAUAGCAACUUGCAUCACGACUAUAAGCGUUGGGUUUGCAGUUUACAUAAUGGUCAAUGUCGCAGUAUAUGUCAUAGUUAUCGUUGGUUACAAUGAGGCACAAUUAAAUGCACUGAGCGAAGAACUAAUUAAUGUAUGGGAUGAUAGUAAAAACUUUUACAAUCACGUCAAACAUAGAAUAAGUGAUAAGGUACACGCUGUGUACAUCCAAAAGCAAAUAAUGAACGAAUUCAUACGAAUCCGUCUGAGAGACAUCAUAAAGUUUCACAUUGCAAAUAUUAAUCUUUUUCAUGAAUUGGAUGAAGAGUUUGGAUCGACAUUAGCAGUUGAAUAUAGUAUUAUGGCUGUUUCUAUAAUAGCUGGACUACUUGGUGGCCUGGAAAACACGUAUCUUCAACUACCAUAUGUGAUUGUUCAAAUAUUAAUGGACUGUCUUGCUGGACAGCGAUUAAUAGACGCUUGUGAUAAUUUCGAAAGAUCUCUAUAUUCUUGUAAAUGGGAAAACUUCAACGCAAGCAAUCAGAGAACCAUACUCUUAAUGUUAAUGAUGUCACAGAAAACUCUGAUGCUAUCUGCUGGUGGAAUUGCUAAAUUGAAUUUUAACUUUAUGAUGAAUAUACUAAAGUCAACUUAUUCUACAUACACAACAUUAAAAUCAACAGUGAAAUAA